AUGGGUACAAAAUUCAUAUCUUGUCAAGAGCCGGCAAGAGAAACCCCGCCCGUGACCAGGUCUGCGUUCGAGGAGCUGGCACGCAAGGGCAUCCGGACCUCCGGGACCGCCCCACACGCAAAGGCGUCCGGACCUCCCGGGGUUUCUCUUGACAGCCCCACCAUCCACUCCCAGGCCUUCGUCCUUUCAUCUUCUGAUGCUUGGUGUUCUUCUAUAAGCAAACAUUAUGUAGAUGAUGAUGGUAAUGAUGGUAAUGAUGAUGACGAUGUGGCCUCACCCAUAACAGAUGGCUGUAAAAUCCUGCUCGCCUUUCAACUUUUAAAGAGCAAAGCAGGUUUCCGGAGGAACCAGACUCAAGGGGAGCCCCAGGGAAGAACCAAGGCAGCUGGGAAUUUGACCCCCGGUGCGCCAAGGCUAAAAGAAGAAUUAGAAGAAAGCGGAAUGAAUAAAGAUGGGAUCCUUCAUGAUACAGAAAAGACCUCAGCAGCAGAGCAGUACAAAAGAGAAGCAGCUAAGAGGGAAAAGGAUUCUCUUGAGCAAAAGGUUAAAGAGCUGCUACAAAUGUUAGAGAGCCAAGGAAUAGCCUUCGAGAUAUUUAGAGUCAAAAUCACAGGCGAGAUGAGAGAAAGAGACAACCUUCUGAGAAGGAUGAACAAGAGGAUUGAGAUGCUGGAGAUCUUAAGAAAGAUAAAGAAAGAACAAGAGGAAUGCUACAUGAAGAAAGAGGAGCAGAUCAAAAGAGAGGCAAGUGAGAGGGAAAAAGACCCUUCUGAGCUAAAGGUUCAAGAGCUGCAGCGAAAGUUGGAGAACCAAAAGAGAGUUUUGGAGAGAUUAAGAGCCAGAAUGAGAAAGGAGAUAAGAGAAAGAGAGAAGACCUCAGCAGAAGAGUGGGCCAGAGGAGAGGCAACUGAGAGGGCAAAGGAACCUCUUGAACAAAAGGUUAAAGCAUCACAGUCAAAGAUGGAGGGUGACCAAAGUGUCUUCUUGAAAGGAGUUAGACUCCAAACGACACAGAAGAUGAGAGAAAGAGAAAACCUUCUGAGACGGAUAAACGAGAGGUUUGAGAUGUUGGAGAUCUUGGGGAUGAUAAAGGACGAGCUAGGGGAAUGCUGCAAGAAGACAGAUGAGCUCCUUUGUGACACAGCCAAGAUCUUAGCAGAAUGCCCUGAAGGAGAGCCAUCUGAGAGGGAAAAGGAGCUUCUUGAGCAAAAGUAUAAGGAGAUAAGUCAAAAGGUGGAGGACCAAAAAAAAGACUUUGAAGAAUUUGCAGGCAAAAUGAUAGAGGAAAUAGGAAAAAGACAAAAGAUUUCAGCAGAAGAACGAGCCAAGAGAGAGGCAGCUGAGAGGGAAAAGGAGCUUCUUGAGCAAAAGGUUAAAGAGCUGCAGGAACAGCUGGAGGACCAAGAAAGGGUCUCUGAGGAAUUUAGAGGCAAAAAGACAGAGAAGCAAAGAGAAAGAGAAACGACCUCAGCAGCAGAAAUGCUGGUCCAAUGGAAGAUUGCUAAGUGGCAAAAGAAGCUUCUUGAGCAAAAGGUUAAAGAAUUGCAGCAAAAGUUGGAGGACCAAGAAAGAAACUUCAAGAGAUUUAGAGUCAUACUCACAAAGGAGAUGAAAGAAAAAGACGACCUUCUGAGAAAGAUGAAUGAGAGGAUUCAGAUGCUGGAGCGCUUACUGAGGUUACCAGAAAAACUAGAGGAACAGGACAUGAAGAAAGAAGAGCAGAUCAAAAGAGAGGCCAGUGAGAGGGAAAAGGAGUCUCUUGAAAAACAGGUUGAAGAAUUGCAGCAAAAUUUGGAGGACCAAGAAAGAGUCUUCCAGAGAUUAAGAACUGAACUGACAGAGGAGAUGAGAGAAAGUGAAAAGACCUCAGCAGAAAAGCAGGCUAAAAGAAAGGCUGCUGAGAGGGAAAAGAAGCUUUUAGAGCAAAAGCUUAAAGAAUUGCAACAAAUGUUUGAACACCAAGAAAGAGCCUUCAAGGCAUUUAGAGUCCAAAUAACAGAAGAGGUGAGAGAAAGAGACAGCUUUCUGAGAAAGAUGAAUGAGAGGAUUGAGAUGCUGGCGGCUGCAGUGAACAAUGAUAAUGACAAGGAUAAUGAGGAAAACACUGGAAAGGACUGUACGUCAUAGACACAGGAAGAUAAUGACAAAGAAAAUACUUUACAGCCCUCGCUCUGUAUAAUGGGCUCCAGUUUCAUCCAUCUCAUUAGGACUGAUUCAAAUGAAUUCUUUUUAAUGGCUGAGUAA